AUGACGGUUUUGUGGCGUGGCGCGGACAAAGAGCAGCCCGGCGCGCGGCGGCACCCGCAGGAACCGGAGAAGAACCCGGCGGAGCAAGCGGCCAGACUGUGCUCAGGACCGGGGGCGACGGACUUGGAGAAGCAUCUGGAGCUUCUGGAGCUGGAGAACAAGAGUCUGAAGCGACGGCUGGCCUCCGGCGGGACUUGCGAGGGCGCCUGCGCCUGCGCCUGCUCUCAGGAGGCGGAGCCCAUCGGCCGGGACGGGCGCUGCCGGCAGCGAGACUGUCAGCUCGCGGAUACGGGGAAGCCGCCGCCCCCGCCGGACAAAAGCGCCCCGGCGGACGCCUCGCGCCGAAGACCGGACCGGACCGACCCCCCGUCGGACCUCUCCGCGCCUCGAGCGGGACUUUCGGACCGCGACCCCCGGGACCUCGCGCGCCGCGAAGCGCCGCCGCCGUCGCAGACGGCAGAGGGGGCGGAGUCGGACGACUGGCUGCGCGUGCAAAACGCUUUGCUUCAAGAGCAAGUUUGCGCGCAGCGCCGCAUGCUGAGGGAGCUGGAGACGCAGCUGCAGCGGUCGCAGAGGACGUGCGCUCAACUCAGGACGCAGGUGGCGCUGUACGACGGCGAGAUGGCCCGCGCUCGCCGGCAGCUGGACGCCGAGCUGCUGUCGCUGAAGGAGGAGAAGGAGCGCGUCGUCCGCGAGGCCUUCGUCAGGGCCGAGAGCCAGAUGAAGGCCGUGCACGACAACCUGGCAGGCGUGCGCAGCAAGCUGGCCGGUCUUCAUCCCGCCCUGAGGACGCUCACCGCCGACUACAACACGCUGAAGAAGCAAGUGCACCACUUCCCCGCCAUGCUGCGCAACGCCAUCGACGACGCCAAGCGCGAGAUCUGCCGGGCCAUCGGCGACGUGAGCGCGACCAACCAGAAGCUGGUGGACAAAUACAAACGCGAGAUGAACCUGAGGAAGAAGAUCCACAACCAGCUGGUCCAGCUCAAAGGAAACAUCCGGGUGUUGUGCCGCGUCCGUCCCGUCGCCGGCGGCGAGGAGGCGGAGGGCGUGUUGACCUUUGACCCGGACGACGACGGCGUCCUGCACCUCAGCGACAAGGGCAAGGUGACGACCUUUGACCUGGACAAAGUCUUUGGGCCCGAGGCCACGCAGGAAGAGGGGUUCUCGGAGGUGGAGGCGCUGGUCACGUCGUGCGUGGACGGCUUCCACGUUUGCAUCUUCGCCUACGGACAGACGGGCUCGGGGAAGACCUACACCAUGGAGGGCGCGGCGUCGGACCCGGGCCUGAACCAGCGAGCGCUGCGGCUGCUUUUCUCGCGAGUGGCCGACAAAAGCCCCGAGUGGGAAUUCCACAUCUGCGUCAGCAUGCUGGAGAUUUACAACGAGACGCUAAGGGACCUUCUCGGCGACCAGCCGGCGGCGGACAAACUGGACAUCAAGAUGAAUCCCGACGGCAGCGGCCAACUGUACGUUCCCGGAUUGACGCGCGUGGCCGUGCGCACCGUCGACGACGUCAACCAGGUUCUGGAGGCGGGCCGAGCCAGCCGAGCCACGGCGUGCACCGACCUGAACGAGCGCAGUUCUCGCUCUCACGCUCUGCUCGUGGUCAGCGUGGCGGGACUCAACGGCACCACGGGGAGUCGCACGCAAGGUAAGCUGAACCUGGUGGACCUCGCCGGCUCGGAGCGGGUGGGCCGAUCGGGCGCCGAGGGCGGGCGCCUGCGCGAGGCUCGCCACAUCAACAAGUCUCUGUCGGCGCUGGGCGACGUGAUGGACGCGCUGCGCCGCAAGCGCCCCCACGUCCCCUUCAGGAACUCGCGGCUCACCUUUCUGCUGCAGGACAGCUUGCAGGGGGACAGCAAGACGCUCAUGAUGGUGCAGGUGUCUCCGGUCGCGGCCGACGCCGGCGAGUCGCUGUGCUCGCUGAAGUUCGCCCAGCGCGUUCGCAGCGUGGAGCUCAACGCCUCCAAGCGGCCGGACAGCCGCUCGGCUUCGUCCUCGCCCACGCCCCAAAGCCUCGAGAUGGACUCGCCCCCCCUGACCCCGGGGCCCCUCCCCUUAUCUCGCAGCAGCAGCGCCGGCUCCUCCCUAAACUCUGCCUCGAGAACGCCCGGCGCCUCUCGACGGAAAUCCAACUCGCAACUUUCCACGGGGCGACUGAAGAUGGCGGCGUGAAAGGCCCGUUUGGCGGUCGCCGGCCGACAUCGUCUUUUGGAUUUUUUUUUUGCACUUUGGACCAUUUGUCGAAUUGCUCGUCUUGCUCUGGAUUUUUGACUUUGACGUUUUCAUCCGAUGAGGACCCUCCUGCCGGCGUGCGACCAUAUUUGGGCUUCCUCGCGGGUGUGUGACGCGAUUGAAAGCCUUUUGAUUGUUUUGCCUUUUCUAUUAGCUUUUUAAUAAACGCGGAAACUCGA